GCGAUUAAUCAUACUGGUCAAAUCAAAUACUAUACUUUAGGUUAGAAUAGAAAAAUGUAAAUGGAUUAAUGUUGAUUUACGAUAUUAAUUUAUCUAUAACGAUUAUGUAUUCCUGAGAUAAGCCAUUUGUUUGUUAAACAUGAUUCCUGCCACGACUAGACCUGCCAAGGUCGACCCGAAUACCACAAACCAAUCUUUUACAAGACAGGGGUCUUUACGGCGUGUCAUUCCGUCGGAGCACAAUAAAGAUAACAUAUUCGGACGACAAAAUGAAGACAUCAAUAUGUUUUAUAAAACCGUUCAUCAAGAGUACAUAAUUUUGGCCGAAUAUAAAAUGGUAGUUAGUGAGAAUAUAAAAAGUAUAUACGUUAUUCCGUCCAAAGAGAAUUCAUUUGUUUGGUUCGGUGUGAUUUUUGUACGAAGUGGCCUUUACGAAGAUGGGAUUUUUAGAUUUACGAUUUCUCUGCCUGAUAGCUUUCCGGAUGGCGAACACCCUAAAGUUGUUUUCCAAUCAGAAAUUUUUCAUCCAGUAAUACAUGCGGAUAAUAAUCAGCUUGAUCUAAGUAGCGGGUUUCCUACAUGGACCAGAGGGGAGCAACAUAUUUGGCAAGUCAUAAAGUAUGUUCAUUGGAUUUUCUACAAUGUUGAGAACUCGAUUGAGCAUGCCGUUAAUCGUGAAGCUGCUAAUUUAUACACAGAAAAUUUAGACACCUUCAAGGAAAGAGUGAAAGAAUGUGUAAAAAAAAGUCAAGAGCAGUUAUAUACGCCCCCUCCAACGAACGAUAAGCACUACAUCACCUUUGAGAAAUACACACCAAAGGUGCACGAUGAAGUUAAAGUACUAAUGCUGGAUGAAGCAAAUGAGAGCAGACUUCCUACUGUCGGUCAUUCGUGGGUUUCACCGGGAAGUUUUAAACCCUUGAGCCGAGCGCCCACUCCUGGACCGGACAGUAUUUCUUAGUGCCUUUUGUACAAAUACAUUAAUAGUGCAAUACCUACAUGACACAUAGUUUUAGUUUACUAACACUUUAAUUUAAGGUGCUCAUAAUAUCGAACAAAUGCAAUAAAUUUAUUUGAACAAUUAUGCCAGUUAAAACAUAUCAAAUGUGAUUUAUACAUGACAUUUUUUUAAAUAAAUAUCCUUUGUUAAAGCUUUA